AUGUUACUGCUAAUAACUUCUUUGCUACCAGGUAUUACGGCUCGGAAUGCGUUUGUCUCCUCACCGUUCGACAAUUUUAGAAUGGAAUGCCCUAAAAGAGCUGCGGCAACUGAUAUUUCUAUACGGAUGGUGGAAUCUGUUGGAGCGAAAAGACAAGAUGUUGUGUUUGAUAUGAGUUGCGAAGGAGUAGAAGAGCUUUUUCCAUGGGUCAACAUUCCAACCGGUAUAUCAGAGAUAGAACGAGAAGACUGCUAUUACUCCAUAAUGUUUGACCCUAUACUGGACAAAACCACCGACUUCAGCUGUAAUCGUAGAGAGUACGUGGCCGGUAUCGCGCGUUUGACCGAUACAAGGCUACAAAUUCUUUGCUGUCGUCUACGUUCUCGAGACGAAUUCAAUUGUCAAGAAACAACUUUCAGCAAGCCUGCUGGCCUGAGCAAGAACACGGUCGUUGAGUGA